UAACGGAACCAUUACCCAAGUUACUGCAACUGUAGAUAUCAUGAAGACCACCAUCUUGGUCUUAACCUCCCUCUUCUUUGGCAUCUUUGUGUACUACGUGGUCAUCAUACUAAAUGUCUUUCUCACCACUCUCCAGGUCCGAGAGACCGCACGUUACAUCUUGUUCAUUCACAUGCUUCUUCAUGACAUGGUCUACCUGGUCAUCUCAUUUUUCCUCUUCUUAUGUGCAAUCUACCGCAUUCUUUUGCCCAUACCAAUAUGUCUUGUAAUUACCUGUUUUUCUACAUCAAUGUUCAGGAUUUCUCCUUACAAUCUGGCCAUCAUGUCCUUGGAACGUUAUACAGCCAUCUGCCACCCAUUACGAUAUGCAGAGUUGUGCACAGCCCAGAGAUCCAACCAUGCCAUAGCUUACAUGUGGAUGGUGGGGCUGAUUCCGCAAGUAGCUAAUGUCAUUGCCUAUUGUUGUUCUACAGACUCAAGAACUUUUGACGUUAAGAUUAUCUGUGACUGGAGGUCACUGGAGCUGAACUUCCAAGUAGUCUUAAGAACACUCCUUGAUACCCUCAGCUUUUCCAUAGUGGGGAUGAUUAUCGCCUUCACGUAUGUUAAAGUUAUGCUCGUCGCUCGAAGAAUGGACUCUGGAAAACUUGCCUCCAAGGCCAGCAACACUGUCCUACUCCACGCAUUUCAGUUUCUGUUAUCCAUGUUGUCUCUUACUUCUAUAAUUACUGAGACAUAUUUGACAAUAUAUUUUCGAUACCUGCCUGUUCUUAACUUCUUCUUGGUGAUGUCUCUUCCUAGACUUGUCAGCCCUUUGAUCUAUGGUAUGAGAGAUGAAGUAUUUGGUAAAUCUAUGAGGAAGCCAGGGUGCUGUCUUUACGCUAAGGUGUAUGUAGACCUAAAAAUCAGGGAAGUUUGAGUAAAAUUAAAGCUAAAUUUUGUAUUCACA